UGUUUAAAGUGAACGAAGCUUUUUUCUUUCGUUGCUUAUAGCACACAUGCUAACUAAUUAUCAGAAUCGAAACAACUCGCAAUGCUUUGCUUGUAUUCCAGCAUCAUUCUCUAAUCAUGGAUAUGCAACCUCAAGCGAUAAAGAAAGGUGGCCUUCAACAAUUACAGCAGCUUCUCUUCUGCUCCCCCUAGACCCAUUAUACAUCGCCAUAGACUUUGAAAGAGCUGGAUAUAUCGUGAAUAAUUUCAGCUCAUGUUCAGACACUCCAACAGGCAUCUCUAUCCUUGAUACUCGAGACCUGAACCCACUAUUCCAAGCGCAUCUAAGUUAGAAACUUACAACUUUAUCACUGGAUCAGAUUUAUAUUAUGCCGAAUCUGCUAAGAAAUUUCUUUGGGGUUGUUCGUCGCGACCGGAAUAUCGUUUUGGUUGGGCACGGUUUUGGGGGGCUUACCGCAUUAAGCUCUCUUGGAUUCGAUUUCCAAACCUCAGUGAUAGGUAUCUUAGACACUGCCAAUCUAAGUUUCGAGUUAGAAAUGGAUCGUUCUACACUAGGACGACUUCUGGGAGAGCUCGAAUGCCCCAAGUCAAGCGCUAAACUUCACAAUGCUGGAAAUGAUGCAAAUUUCACUUUGCGGGCCUUAAUCCUCUUGGCAAUCAAAGGUUAUGAGCAGCAGAGACUUAGGACGUUAAUGGUUGGAGAUGAGCAGGUAUCGAGAGUAUUAUCUCUUCGAUCUAUAGCAAUGACACCUUUGCCUGGAGUUAGAAAGCCUAAGGAGAAGAGGCCUCGGAACAAGCAUAUUGCAAAAACAUGGUCACUUGAGAAGCAGGAGCAGAUUAGGGAGGAACGGCGACAGAAACGAAUCACGAAUACAGCCGUGGCGUUUAGGGAGCCGGAAGAGGAUCCCCCUGAGUAUGACCCAGCUGACUUAACAGCGUGCUCAGAUUAGAGCAGCGACUGCUUCAGUCCAAAGACGGAAGUAAACUUUGGAGAGAUCCAGAUUCCACUGAGAUUAUAUCGAUAAUCUCAGAGGACAUUUCUUCUAGUUCGCUUCUAACACGGUCAGUCAGCAUCGCCGCUCUG